GUAGGCGCUUGCUGGGUGAUUCAGACUCAUCGAUCUGAGGCAAUACACUAUAAAUUUGUGACCAUAAUAUAGUAGACGGGGGUUGCAAUGAAAUAUGGACGUGUGUCUCGUUGCGGCGGUAAACCCGCGCGCGGUGGCGGCGAUGACGAUCGGUAGUACACCACCCGUCGUCUUUGUCGUGUGAAAGAGAUGAGCGGCAGAGGACGAAAGAAGAACGAAAACCGCACACGCUUCACUUUCCGCAGAGGCAUGGCCGCAGCAGAACGGUGCGUGCUCGCUCUGACGGUGUUCGCCGUCGUGCUGGCGACGAUGGUGAUUCCAGAACGAGACGACCACUCGAACAUUUGGCGUCGUCAAAGGCGAGCUGUCGUCGGCGACGGCGGGUGGCGCAACCUCGAUUACGGGAACUUGACGAACGCGAUCCGCGACAUCGUCGAGGCCAUGACGGUCGACUGCACUUUGGCCGUUCACUCGGGUGUCGAGAAUGCUGCUGCCGAUUUCCUGAGUAAUACAAUUAAGUCCCUACACGGAAGGGGUGUAACAACGACUCACCAUGCUUUAUUGACCGAGGAUCACGUACAAUCGCUGUUGGUUAAUAUCCGUCGUGCUGUAGCCGAUGGACAUCACACAUCUUAUAUAGUACUAUCGACGUCUGCGCUCAUGGAAAACUUGCUGUCGGCAAUCCGUAGAAGUAACUUGAUGUCUCGGAACGUCGUGUACGUGUUCUUAUGGUUACGGUCGCCCGUCAGUCGAACGUUCAAAGCUGAUAUAUUGGAGGCGAUGCGCGUGUGCGUCAUCACCAGUCCCAGACCGGGAUUCUACCAGAUUUAUUACAGUCAGGCCACUGCUAGACCCGGAUAUGGAUCAACAUUGAAAAUGGUAAAUUGGUGGUCAGCAAUGGAUGGGUUGGUAAGGUUUCCGCUGUUACCACCACCCAAAAAAGUGUACAAGAACUUCGAAGGCAGAUAUUUCAACGUUCCAGUUUUACAUAAGCCGCCAUGGACAUUCGUCGAAUAUCUGAACGACAGUUUCCGAGUAGAGGGUGGACGUGACGAUAAACUCAUAAAUCUAUUGGCCGACAAGCUUCAUUUCCAAUUCAGAUACAUCGAUCCUCCUGAUCGUACACAAGGAUCAGGACUCGAUCACGGAUCAUCAAUGCAAGGAGUAUUGGGUUUAAUUUGGCAAAGGGAAGCAGAUUGGUUCGUCGGAGAUUUAUCUAUAACAUACGAGCGCAAUUUGGUUGUGGAUUUUUCAUUCCUUACAUUAGUUGACAAUGAAGCUUUCUUGACACACGCACCUGGGCGUUUAAACGAAGCAUUUUCACUCAUAAGACCAUUUCAUUGGUCGGUCUGGCCAUUGAUAUUGAUAACAGUAAUUUUUUCUGGUCCAAUACUUUAUAUAUUGGUCGACACGACUGAUGGCCAUCCCCAAGGAAAAUCUAUGUUAUAUUGGAAGUGCGUAUGGUGGUCUGUUACUGUGUUUUUACAACAGGCUGCAAUUAUUCCAUCAGAAAAUAAUAAAAUCCGAUUUGUCGCUGGUUUAUUAAUGUUAUCAGUUACAUACGUGAUUGGCGACAUGUAUUCAGCUAGUCUAACGUCAAUACUAGCAAGACCACCAAAAGAACCGCCUAUCAAUACAUUAAAUGAACUGUCGGAAGCUAUGCGUGAUUCCGGCCUUCAACUAUUGGUCGAAGUUCAAAGCGCCUCGCAAGCAAUGUUGGAAAACGGCACUGGAGUAUACGAAGAGUUGUCACAGCUCGUGACCCGUCAACGAGAAUAUCUUAUAGGGUCUACCGAGAAAGGAAUGCAAUUAGUCAGGGACAACAAGAAUUACGCCGUUAUAGGAGGUCGAGAGACGUUCUACUACGAUAUCAAACGAUUUGGUGCCCAACAUUUUCAUCUAAGCGAAAAGCUAAACACAAGAUAUUCGGCUAUAGCAUUUCAACGAGCGUGCCCCUACAGAGAUAAUUUUGACGACGUGUUGAUGCGACUGUUCGAGGGCGGUAUUUUAUCAAAAAUCACCGAAGAAGAGUACCAGAAACUCAAUGACAAGCUGAUGGGAUCGGAAAAAUUUGACGCGGCGUCUGUGGUCAUAGAGCCGGUACUAGAAGGAUCAGAGCCCCAACAAGAAGAUGACGAUAAGCAGUUGACCAUAGCCAUGUCCAUGAAAACUUUACAAGGAGCGUUUUAUGUGCUGGCGAUCGGCUCGAUUUUAGCAGGGUUUUUGCUAUUGAUCGAGAUGAGGUCGCAUGACAAGUGGAAAAACGACAAACGAAUAAAACGCAUCAAAGCUCCAUUCGUCUACAAACAAAAAGCACCCAUCAAAUUCCAAAACAGAUUAUACGAUUUAAAAGAAUGAAAAACGGUUUUAAAAUGUCCUUAGUAAAAAUUAUUUUCAGCAUAUUAGCAACGCCGACGCGUAGUUUCUUACAUAAAGGUAUAUUAAACUGUUUAGUGAACAUUUCUUAUACACAACGCGUACCUACAUUAUAUUAAAAAUAGUAAA